UUUAAUAAAAAUGCUGGAUGGAUUAUUUUAUCUCUCGCUUCAGGAGUGCUUGGGGACACAGAGAGAGAAGCUAAGAAAGGAUAGCGUCAGUGGCCGCCAGGUAAAAUGCAAGGAGCAAUACAAGCAAUUGUAUCACAUGGAAGCAUUGUAAAAAAUGUAGUUCUGCAUCGUAUCAGGCUGGUGAAUCCAAUCAUGCCAUCUGUUGUAUUUUCUCGUCUUCAGUCGGUUACUUCAGCUCGUAUGGAGGAGCAUGGUUUUGAGAGCACCACAAUUGCAGACGUUUUGAAAGGAAAAGGCAAAAGUGCAGAUGGUUCUUGGCUUUGGUGCACUACAGAUGAUUCUGUUUAUGAUGCUGUGAAAUCAAUGACACAUCACAAUGUUGGAGCCUUGGUGGUUGUGAAACCUGGAGAACAAAAAUCUAUUGCAGGAAUCAUCACAGAGAGAGAUUAUCUGAGAAAGAUCAUAGUACAGGGAAGAUCAUCCAAGUCAACGAAGGUUGGAGAUAUCAUGACUGAAGAGAACAAGCUUAUCACAGUCUCACCCAAUACCAAAGUUCUGCGAGCAAUGCAGCUGAUGACAGAUAACCGCAUUAGGCACAUUCCAGUGAUUGAUGACAAGGAAAUGAUAGGCAUGGUGUCCAUUGGGGAUGUGGUUCGUGCUGUGGUGACUGAGCAUAGGGAGGAGUUGGACCGCUUGAAUGCAUACAUCCAGGGGGGUUAUUAGAUGGUUAUGCUAAUGAUGAUGAGAUAUCAAGUUGCCUAUCAGAAAAAAAUGAAGAUGAAAUGCUUUUGAGCUCUCUUGGGUGGAUAAUACUUCUCUUUGAACACUAGUACUACGCUGACUGCUUGUAAAUAUAUGUUGUGCUGUGUGGAACUUAUGCUACUUGUUUUUGCGCUUGGAGUACAUCGCCAUGUGGACUAUGGCUAAAUAAUAUGCACUAUGAUUCCCACUUGAAA